GCGGGCUCCGGCCGCCGCUCUGCGCGCUCCCUCCCGCUGCCCGCGCAGUUAUAACACAUGGUUUUAAUGCUCUAACUGAACGACUGAGAUGAGACUGAAAACUUCCCUUUUAAAGGAGCCAAAACAUAAAGAUUUGGUGAGCUGUGUGGGAUGGACGACAGCUGACGAGCUCUACUCCUGCAGUGACGACCACCAGAUCAUGAAAUGGAACCCUGUGACCAACGAGACCACUCGAGUGCUGAAGCUCCCAGAUGAUGUUUAUCCCCUGGAUCUGCACUGGUUUCCCAGAGGAAUUGGUGGAAAGAAACAAUCCCAGGCUGAGAUCUUUGUUCUGACCAGUUCUGAUGGGAAAUUCCACUUGAUUUCCAAGCUAGGAAGAGUGGAGAAAAGUGUAGAAGCACAUUGUGGGGCUGUCCUUGCAGGAAGGUGGAAUUAUGAGGGAACAGCCCUGGUUACAGCUGGGGAAGAUGGCCAAGUGAAAAUCUGGUCUAAAAGUGGAAUGCUGAGAUCCACCUUGGCUCAGCAAGGUGAGUUCCUUUGCUCAAAGCUGCAGCAAAACUCGAUUAUUCUGAAAUAUAUUGUGGUUGCAGGGGUAGAAUUUGGAAUUUUGCUGCAGGUUUGGGACAGUUUUGGCCGUGCCCUGUUCAGUUCCCAGGCACAGGAAUUCCCCAUCACCUCCAUUGCCUGGGCCCUGGAUGGACAAAGGUUUGCAGUGGGAGCCUUCAACACCCUGCGCCUCUGUGACCACACUGGGUGGUCCUAUGCCCUGGAGAAGCCCAACACUGGCAGCAUUUUUGCCAUUUCUUGGUCCAUGGAUGGCACCCAGCUGGCAGGAGCCUGUGGGAAUGGCCAGGUCAUCUUUGCCCACGUGCUGGAACAACACUGGGAGUGGAAAAAUUUCCAAAUUACUUUAAUUAAAAGAAGAACCAUGAAGGUGCACAAUGUCAUCAACGAUGCCGUGGAUUUGUUGGAAUUUCGGGACAGGGUCAUUAAAGCCUCGCUGAAUUUUGGAUUUUUGGUGGUUUCCACUUGCCUUCAGUGUUAUGUGUUCUCGACAAAGAAUUGGAACACUCCAUUGAUUUUUGACCUGAAGGAAGGAACUGUGAGUUUAAUUCUCCAAGCAGAAAGGCAUUUUCUCCUUGUGGAUGGUGGAGGACUUUAUUUAUAUUCUUAUGAAGGCAGAUUAAUUUCUUCUCCAAAAUAUCCAGGCAUGAGAACAGAUAUUUUAAAUUCCCAAACAGUGUCCCUGAGCAAUGACACCCUGGCAGUGAAGGACAAAGCUGAUGAGAAAGUUAUUUACAUAUUUGAUGCUUUAUCUGGGAAGCCACUGGGUGAUGGAAAACCUCUGACCCACAAGACAGAAAUUGUGGAGAUUGCUUUGGACCAGAAAGGAUUGACAAGUGAGAGAAAAAUUGCAUUUAUUGAUAAGAACAGAGAUCUUUUCAUCACCUCAGUGAAAAGGUUUGGGAAGGAGCAGAAAAUUGUCAAAAUAGGUACAAUGGUACAAAGUUUGGCCUGGAAUGACACCUCCAACAUCCUCUGUGGCAUUCAGGAUUCCAAAUUCACAGUCUGGUAUUAUCCCAACACAGUUUAUGUGGAUAAAGAUCUUCUCUCAAAAACCCUGUAUGAAAAAGAUGCCAGUGAAUUCAGCAAAGCCUCGGAGGUGGUGAGUUUUGUAGGAAAUCACAUCACCAUCAGGAGGGCAGAUGGUUCCCUGCUCCACCUUCACAUCUCCCCUUACCCUGCCAUCCUCCACAGCUACUCCGGCUCCUCCAGGUGGGAGGACGGGCUCAGGCUCUGUCGUUUUGUCCAGGAUCAGACCCUUUGGGCUUGUUUGGCUGCCAUGGCAGUGGCCAAGCAGGACAUGACCACAGCUGAAAUCGCUUACGCUGCCAUCGGCGAGAUUGACAAAGUUCAGUACAUCAAUUCCAUCAAGGAUCUGCCAUCCAAGGAGUCCAGGUUGGCUCACAUGUUGCUUUUCAGUGGUAACACCCAAGAGGCUGAAACGUUGCUGCUUCAGUCAGGUCUGAUUUACCAGGCUAUCCAAAUCAAUAUUCAACUUUUUAACUGGGAAAGAGCCCUGGAGCUGGCAGUGAAGCACAGGACUCACGUGGACACAGUCCUGGCUUACAGACAGAAAUUCCUGCAAGAUUUUGGGAAAAAAGAAACCAACCCCAGGUUUUUGCAAUAUGCACAAGGUGUAAGUGACCCCCAGCUCCUCCUGCACAAAGGGGAAAUUGGGACAGAUUUUCAUAUUGGGAUGCUUGGCCAGCAAUUGCUGGGCGUGGGUUUUAGUUCAAGAUUUGCUAUAGAUAAAUAG